AUGAAUUUGGUGUGAGAAUGAGACGACGUAUAGAAAGCAACUGAUUUCGAUUAAGUCGGUCGUGUGUCAGGGUUACAGUUCUUGAGCUGACAUGGUUUAAAAUAGCAGUUAAGCAAUAAACUGUCAAAAUCCUGGCUUAUCGCGCUGUGCGAGUCCCUCCCCGCCGCUCCACAGACCCGCCUUCCCGCUCAUGUGCUGCUGGCUGGACGCUGCGCUCCGGGCAGGUGGCAACAUCAGAGAAAAACAUUAGACACCAGCGAGGAAAAAAAAUCUGACUGUUUUAGCUUCAGGAAAACAAACGAAGAAAAUGUUCAGACGAAUAUUACAAAUGACUCCUGGAAAAGGAGGCUCCCAGACAUCUGAGUCUGAUCAGCCCUCUGCUGAUAUGAACAAUGAGACUUCAGAGGGCUUCAUUUGUCCACAGUGUAUGAAGUCCCAUAACUCUGCUGAGGAGCUUUUCAAGCAUUAUGAAGUUUACCAUGAGCCCCAGGAGCAGCCCUCUCACCUUGGCCCUGCCCGGGAGGACCUAACCCUUCUGCGGCAGGAAGUGCAGGAUUUACAGGCUUCACUGAAGGAAGAACGAUGGUUUUCAGGGGAACUGAAAAAAGAACUAGACAAAGUACAAGGACAACUGAAGCAAGCUCCGCAGAAUGAUGGCCAGGCAGGCAUGGAGGAGUCAGAGUUGGAGAUGAAGCUGCAUGAGGCUGAAACAGAGAAGUUUAACAUAAAACAGAUGAAAGACUUGUUUGAACAGAAGGCUGCCCAGCUGGCCACUGAGAUAGUAGACAUCAAGUCUCGCUAUGAUGAAGAGAAGAGUCUGAGAGAGGUGGCAGAGCAGAGAUUGGCCAGUCUGCAGCAGGACCUUCAGAGAGAGAGGCAGGAGAAAGACAAACUUUCCACAGAGCUGCUUCAGAGGCCUGGAGUGGAGGAUGUGGAGGUGUUGAAGAGGGAACUGGUGCAGGUGCAGACGCUGAUGGACAAAAUGACACGUGAGAGAGAGGAGGAGUCAGAGCGGCUCAAGAACAAGUACGAACAGCUGCAGGCUAACUUCACUACCUCAGAGAUUCGUAAACUGGAGACAACAAUCACCCAGUUGAAGGCUGAACUGGAGAAAGGUCCCCAAGAAGCUGCUGUGUACACACAGCAAAUCCACCAACUACAGAGCAACCUGAACAACCUCCAGCAACAGAGCCAGCUGCUGUCAGAGAAGCUGACCCGCAAAGAGAAGGAGAACCAGGAGCUGGAUGAACGCCUGGGGCAGGAGCAGGCCUCCAAGAAGAAUCUUCAAGCAAACUUGCACCAGAGGGAGCUGGAGCUGCAGGAGGUCCAAGCACGAGUAUCCGCAGGGGAGAAUUCACUUGGCCGGACUCAGUCUGAGUUAGCUGAACGUGGGGAGGAGGCAGCUCGCCUCAGGCGGGAGCUCACUGAGCUAGAGAAGAGCUACCAGGAGCUAAAGGCCGAGCGCAAGCAGCUGCAGCAGCAGAGAGAAGAGAGAGAAAGCCAGGGUUUGCAGCAGCAGAGUGAGAUUAGUCAGCUGCAUGCGAAGCUGCUGGAGGCUGAGCGGCAGCUAGGAGAGGUGCAGGGCCGGCUAAAGGAGCAGAGGCAGCUGUCCGGAGAGAAACUCAAAGACCGCGAGCAGCAAGUUGCUGAUCUGCAGCUCAAACUCUCCCGCUUGGAAGAGCAGCUGAAGGAGGACGCCACCAAAUCUACAGACCUACAGCACCAGCUAGACAAAUCCAAACAGCAGUACCAAGAGCUGCAAGCUCUCCAGCAGAGCACCAAUGGCAAGCUGCGAGAAGCACAGAAUGACUUGGAGCAGGUGCUGCGUCAAAUUGGAGACAAAGACCAGAAGAUCCAGAACCUGGAGGCACUGCUGCAGAAGAGCAAGGCCAGCCUGAGCCAGCUGGAGGCUGAAAGAGAGGAUCUGUGUGCCAAGAUUCAAGCAGGAGAGGGAGAGGCUGCCUUACUCAACCAGUUACAGGAGAAGAACCACAUGCUACAGGAACAGAUAACUCAGUUGACAGACAAGCUGAAAAACCAGUCAGAGAGCCAUAAACAGGCCCAAGAGAAUCUCCAUGAGCAGUUGCAGGAGCAGAAGAGCCAGCUGCGCUCAGCACAGGACCGCUGCCAGGGCUUAGAGAGCACUGUGACCGAUUUGACUGCUCAGCUCACCCAGAGCAAGGAGAGAGUGGCUCAGCUCGACACCCAGCUGAAAGCAAAGACAGAAAUGCUACUGUCUGCUGAAGCUGCAAAGAUUGCCCAGAGAGCUGAUCUCGAGAACCAUCUAGAAACUGCCCAGAAUGCACUGCAGGAUAAGCAGCAGGAAGUAAGUAAGGUCCAGGCGCAGCUGGAGGAGCAGGGCCAUAGACUGCAGGAGAAGCAGGAGCAGUGCUCUCAGCUAGAGGCCAGUCUGAAGGAGAGCAAGGACAGGUUGCUGGCUGCAGAGCAGAGGAUUGACACCCUGGAGAGCCAAGCCAAGAAAGCAGAGGCUGAGUUGACAGAGCUGCGCUCAGGGAAGGAGCAGGCGCAGAAGGAGCAGCAGAGACAGCAGCAGCACAUCAGUGAGCUGGAGCAAAAAAACAAAGAGCUCAGCCGCCUGCUGGAUACUGAAAAACAGGGGGCCGCAGCACUGCAGGAGGCAGUGCAGAAGAAGAGCUCAGCUUUGGCAGACACACGAAAGCACCUAGAAAAGCUGGAAAAAGAGAAGAUUGGCCUCCAGACCAGCCUAGACAAGCUCACCAAGGAGGGGCAGGCAAGACAGGCUGAGUUAGAGAAGAAGCUCCAGGGGCAGAAUGUGGAGCUCCAAAAGGCCCAUCAGGAGAGAGACAUGCAGGCUAAAGAGCUUGUUUCGGUAAAAGAUGCUCUGAGUAAGGCCUCUGCAGCCUUUAAAGAGAACCAGACCCGGCUGGAAAAGGAGAAGAAAACCAGCAUUGCAGCCCUGGAGGAGAAGGAGAAAGCUCACAAGGUGGCACAGCAGGAGCUUCAGAAGAGUGCAGAAGCUACUGCUAAAGAUCUGAGCACAGCUAAAUCUCAACUGGAGAAAAUGGCGGAGGUAGAGAAGGGGCUUCAGGCUCAGGUGGCAGCAGCGAAUGCCCAGUUGAAACAGACUCAGGAUGUGCUGAAAGAAAGGGAGAAGGAGGUACAACAGCUGCAGGCACAGCUCAAGACAGCCCAGGAAUCCUUCAACAAGGAAGCUAAGAAACUGCAGACUCAAGUGGCAGAGCUGCAGACUGCCCAAACUCAAAAGGUGGAAGAGUUGACUAAGCUGAAGGAGCAAAUGGCAGGACUGUCUAAAGAGCUGAGCUCAGAGAAAAGUCUCAGCACAGAGCUACAGAAGAUCUGUGACAACACCAAGGAGAGCCUGGCCAAGCUACAGUCUGACUACUAUGGCAAGGAAUCUGAGGUGUCUGCCCUCCGUCAGGACCUGAAGGUGUGUGAUGAUAAGUUGGCUUUGGCUCAGGAAGAGCUGGUAGCCAGCACCAACCAGUUGAACAACCGUGAGGCCCAAAUCCAGGAACUGAAGGCAGGCUUUGCUGCACUGGAGAAGGACCUGAGCAAGAGGGAUGAGAACCUUAAGCAGCAGGAGGAAGCACUCAAAGAACUACAAAAACAAAAGGAGUUGACUCAAGAGGAGUUGAAGAAGGCGCAAUCUCAGGUAGAACAGCUGCGGGCGGCUCACGCUGCACUAGAGAAGGACCGCAGCAAGCUCAGUGCUGAACUCAAAGCUCUGGCAGAAAAGAAUGAGAAGGAAGUGAAAGAGCUGCAGGCAGCAAAGCAGCUGUUGCUCCAGCAGAAGGUUGACAUACAGGGCAAAGUGGAGGCAACCCAGGCAGCCCUGGAGAAGGAGCAGAGAGAGCACCAAACUACCCGCGAAUCUGUCACACAGACACGGCAACAGCACAAAGCAGAGACUGACAAGCUCCAUAAACAGCUGGCUUUGGAGGUGAAGGCCAAAGAGGAGGUAGAGAAGCAGAGAGAGGAGGCGGAGACGAAGCUUUCAAUGCAGGUGUCUGCACUGAAUGAGAACGUAGCCACACUCAAGCGUGAGUGGCAGAGCAGCCAGCGGCGUGUGGGUGAGCUGGAGAAGCAGACGGACGAGCUGCGAGGAGAGAUCGCUGUGCUUGAGGCCACCGUGCAGAACAACCAAGAUGAGAGGCGUGCCCUUCUGGAGAGAUGUGUAAAAGGCGAGGGUGAGAUUGAGAAGCUACAGGCUAAAGUGGUGGAGAUGAGAAGGAAACUGGACGACGCAACAGCCGCCAUGCAGGAGCUGGGCCGAGAGAACCAGUCUUUACAGAUAAAGCAGUCACAGUCACUCACGCGGAAGUGGGCAGAGGACCAUGAAGUACAGAACUGCAUGGCUUGUGGGAAAGGCUUCUCUGUAACGAUUCGGAAGCACCACUGUCGUCACUGUGGCAACAUCUUUUGCGCCGAGUGCUCAUCGAAGUGUGCCCUGACGCCGUCCUCUAAGAAGGCUGUGCGGGUGUGCGAGGCAUGUUAUGAGGAGCUGCAGGGCUGACCACUGUCCACCUCCCUGCUCUUCCAGCCUGCUGCUCCUCCAGCCUCUCCUCCAUACCCUCUAAACUGACUCUCCCCAUGUGGGAGGGAAGCUUUGCUCAGCUCCACACGCAGGGGUCAGAGGUGUGGUGGGGCAGCAAGGCUGCAGGGGGGGGUGAGGAGCUGCUUGCUUUGAUCUGCUGACUGGGCUUGAGGUGGACUCUCCAUUGUGCCAGAGAAGGGGACUUGAGAAAGUGCAGCAGCUGAACCAGAGCGACAGUCCUCAUCUGAACAGUGCCUUGGUCACUUCUGGGGCCAUUUGGUGCUCCAGAAAAUGAGAAAAAAGGGAGAGAAAUACAGCAUUUUACGUUUUGGCCCUUUUCCGUGUUCACUUGUAAUGGAAGUUGUUUUAAAUGGAAGUUUUAACAGGUUUUGUCCUCUGACUGCCAAGACUUUUUUUUUUUUUUUGAUGUCAUAAGGUUAAAAUCAGAAUAGGGUGAGAUGGAGAGAUGUGAGCACAGAGGGCUUGAGUUUGAUUAGCUACAGCAUGCUCUCAUCAUAGUGAUUGGCUCAAGGAGUGUGGUCAGAACCAAAGGCUGUGUACAGCAUCCUUUUACAGAUCUGUGUCAGUGCCAGAUAUUUACGUGAAGGCACAGAUGUGGAAAAAUGUCUAAGACUCGUCAGAGUCUUUUUCAACUUGGCUGAAAUCAUUCUGAAAAUGUAUCAUUUUUACAGGCAGGUUUUUUUUUUUUUUUAAAUUUAAUUUUCCAAAUAAUGUCAGUGUACAAUACAUGCUUGCUAUGCUGCUCAUAUCUUGAAUCAUGAAUACAACAUGCAUUGUUAUAAGUUUCUUGGAUAUGCAUGAUUUCUUCUCUAAUACUUGGUUAAGUGUCCAGUUGCUUUAUUGACUGGGUUGAUUCUGUCAGGUAAGGAUUGCAUGAGACAGCUUCUGUCCAUUUGUAGCCCACUCUCUUUAACAUUAUGCUUCAUGUUCAAGUAGAACACAACAUUGACAUUCCCACAUUUCAGGUUGGCAACUGUAGGGUGUCUGCAUUUGACUGGUUCACUGACUGGCCAGCAGUAUCUCCAGACCUCAAUCCCAGUUCUUAGUUUGGAACAGCAGUUGAAAUGCUGAAAUACGAGUCUUUGGGCGAGACUCCUGAUGAUACGUUCACCUACCUCUCUAUCGCUUUAUGUAUCACUCGGUGUAAGUCGCUCUGGAUAAGAGCAUCUGGCAAAUGCAGAAAUGGAAAUGGAAAAAGGAGCACAAAAAUUCUAGAAAUGAGCACCUAGUAUGUGGAAGAGGGGUUUUAAAUGUACAGGAACUUAAGAGCCUGCUGCAAUCCUUACCUCACAAGAUUGGCACUGUUAUAAAGGCAAGGAGAUGUACAGCCAAGUAUUAGAAAAUAAAAGAUGCAUUCAAAGAAUGUUUUUGUCCAGCUUAUCAUUAUUUCCUAACUGGUGCAGUUAGUAUGCAAAUUACACUAAUAACCAUGAACUUGGUUAUAUGAUUUCUCACCAAAUCCAUAAUUUGCACGGUAUGUGCCCUGCUGUUAAGCAAUAAUUGUGGUGCUGUGGCUCUAGUUGUCUGCGUGUGCGCAUGAACAUUUGUAUGCAAGAGGGAGUGAGUUGUAGAUGCUGUAUAGUUUGCCUAAGGUAUAUUGAUUGUAUAGUGUGUAAAAUGUGGGCUGCUAUAGCACGUCUGAAAGCAACCUCUUCAGUGUUCCUGAGGCUUUCAUUUCUUAGGCCUCUAUCAGUCUCUCUGCAUCUUAUCAACUCAUCUCUCACUUCCAGCCAGCGUGAGGAGUGUUUCACAUCAUUUACGAGUAAAAAAAACAAAAACACUUCAGUAUAUAUCAAGAUGCAGUCACUAUCUGCUUAACCUGUGCAGUGGACUAUGUUGGCAUCCAGCUGUUUACUGAAAGACACGAGACGUUCAAGUGCUUGUAUGAUGACUAUGGAUUGUCACACAUGAAAUGUUAGCAUGUAAAGACUGUUUGCACAGGUGCACCUGCUGUAUAAUUCUUCAGCACUGUAUUGGCUGUUGUAUAGCUAUUGCUCUAUUGGCAGAUGUCUUGCCUCAGCAUUGAGGUGAGGGUGGUACGGCAUUUGAAGUGCAUGCUUACAGUCUUACACACUGCAGUGUCUUCUAACACACACAUCCACCCCAAGAUGCAACAGGAGCAGCAUGUAUAUUCACUAGUAUACACGCAAUAUUCACUUUAUUCCACCCCACCUACCUCUCGACUGUAUGUUCACCAUCAUUUGUUUUUACUUUAUUCCAUGAGCUUUGAUGUUCCAGCCACAGCCUUGGUGACACUAGGUUUUGUGUCUCACUCCUUCCAAGUUAGUAUGAAAGAAAGUGUCUGUUAAAAAUUUACUAGUGAUUUGAAUGUUAAUUAUACUGCAGAUUACAGAUCUCUCCAUCAUGGUGCCAUAGACUACCUGGUCUUGCACUUUCAUAGCAGCCACAUUACAUCAUUCUUGGGGAUUAAAGCAAUGCUGUAAUUAUACUUGCAAAAUAUUAUUCAGGAAAAAAAAUAUUAAUAUUAUACAAACAUGCUUGGGGGGGGAUAAAUGACUCAUUUAUUAUGUAAAACAUCACUAAUGUCCAUUUUAGAAGUAACACUACACUGUAAUAAUUAUCAUGUGCGUAAUUGUGCAUGAGCGGUGAACUGGCUUACUGUUGCAUUUCUCAUCUGAAUAGCAGGGUGUUACUGUUUGUGAUCACGUGAGUGUGCCUUAAGUCGCGCUUUCCUACCGUCACGUCUGCUCUUCAUCACGUGGUUUGAGUUGAGAGCCUGUAUGCUCAGAGAUUACCACUAACUGCUGGUAUGGAAAGACUAUCUGAAUGGUUAGAUGAUGUCAGAACGGAUUAUGAACAUAAUUUAUGUCCAGAGGUGUUAUGUUUUCUAAUUUUUUCAUCAAUAUGUUUGAGUAAAUAAAGUAGGUGUUUCUAUUUUCA